GGAACGCUAGCCCGUGCCUUGACGACGCUACCCGCGAGUAAGGUGCUUUUGGUCGGGAUUAGUUCGGAUCGGACUACAGGCUGGCUAGCUAAGGAAUCAGUUCGGACUACAAGCUGGUUAUAUUACGGGCUGGUUAGAUUACAGGGGUCUACACGUAACAUAACGGCAAAUUAAAGGAAGAAGACGGCCGUGGUCACAAUGGCGAUUAACCGACGGCCAAAGAAGAAGAGAAACACAAGAGCGGCUCACCGCGAACCGCUCGAUUGGCUGGAUCUCCCCUCCGAACUGCUGGAGCUCAUCGCCCAGCGAUCCCGCGAUCCCAUCACAGGGCUCACCGCGUUCCGGUCUGUCUGCCGGACAUGGCGCGCCGCGUCAGGGCAAGCGCCUCGCCUGCUGCUCCCCGCCCCUCGGAACCGCUCCGCUCCCCGUGCCGGCUCAGCGCACGCGCUCGUCUUCCCCUUGCCGGGCGGGUGGUCGGUCGUCGUCGAUGCCCGCGACGCGUCCUGCCGCCUCUCGCACCUGACCACCGGCGCCACCGCCGCUCUGCCCAAGAUCAGCGCGGUCCACGACGGCAAGACCAUGUCCGACAUCAGGGCAAGAUUUAUGGCUUGGAAUCUAAUGGUGCCACAUUGGUGUUUGACGCAACCACACUCGAGUUCCUCUGCUCGAUUGAUGCGCCACAGUCGACGUCCAAGCUUUACUCCAUGAUAUAUUGGCCUUACAAACAUGAUGAUCCUGUCGAUUUCGACUACUUCCAUCUCGUUGCAUUGCCAAGCAAGCUACUUUUGGUCGUUCUAAGCGUGAAAUCACUUGAGCCAGCAGGUUUUGCCUUCUUUGAGUUAACGUCUGGAUCUAGGGAUGGCCAGCUCUCCUGGCGUAAGGUAACAGGAGAUGGAAUCGGUGGCAACUACGAUGUGUUCAUGGAUUGCCACCAUGCGACCUUUAGCGACAAUAAUGGUGUUGGAACCGGAGCUCGGAUAUAUUAUGUUCUUCACCGGACGUGGCAUCCCAAAGCAUCGGCGUACUACUAUGAGAUGCAUGACGGCAAGAUGGAGUGCCUGUACAUGUCACUAGACGAUAAUCGUGAAUACUCAACUAAGCCUAGUUGGUUUGUUCCCUAGCUAGUUUGUUGAUUUUCCAUGUGCAUAGUGCGAUCAACCAUGUAAACAAUGAUCUAUUAAUUGCUUUGCAGGCCUGGUGCGUACUACAGUCUACAGGUCCGAUGUACUGUGUGCAAAAUUUAAGAUAUCAGUUCUUUUUGUUCA